AAAAUAAAAUAAAAGACAAGACGGAAAUGAAAAUUCAGCUUAAGGGAAGAGACUCGUUGUUCGAUCUAUGGAGAACGGUCAUUUCCAAGCGGGUGAGCGGCGUGUUGCGGUGCAGUCAUGCAGCUGCGACGUGCGUUCUAAACGGUGUUUGUGUUGUUUUCUACUGCGAUAUUCAUAAUAAGCGGUCGCUUUGAAUUACGAGAAUGGAGCGAUCCACGAGGAAGAGAAAGCGAAGUGCAAAUCCUGUCAAAUCUCAGGAUAAUAACACGGAGCAAAGCUGUGAGAACUCGUUGGAUUUGAACGUCUACUUAACCUAUGAUGUCCUGAGAAUGCUCUUUCAGUAUUUAAACGGCCGAGACUUAUCCAACGCCGCGAUGGUUUGCAGAUCUUGGUCAGAAGCUGCGAGUAACGAACAUUGCACGAGAGGACCCGUCUGUUUUAUAGGAGAUUACUCUGAAUGCAGUCAAGUUGAACAUCAAAUCAGAGAUUUAUAUAUUAAACCACGUUUAGGAAUUCUUUUUAUGCCUAGAAUUCCUGAAAAUUUAAAAGGACAUAUCGAUAGAACAGUUCCUUCAGAUUGCGAAAUCGUAAUACUUUAUGUCCCAGGAAUUAUUAUAAAUAACGAGGAAAUGGAAGAUUGCCUGUAUCCAAAGGUCGUAUGCACAUUUUUACCAGAAAUUCCAAAUGUGAGUAUUAACACGUGUCAAGUGAUAAAAUUGAAUAGCAGAAAAGGGUACGCUGCAGUUGAAGAAUUAAACAAGAUGAUAAGUCGUGUACCCAAAGUGAAUCAUGAGACGUCCACGUGUUUAAUGCUCUUUUGCAAUGAUUCGGCUCGUGAAAUAGCAAACGUCAUGAUUUCAGCUCUAAAGAAAAGUCACGACGACAAGAUAUGUUCCGUGUGGGGUGGCGUGGUGGAUAUCAGUUACGUGCACAAUUCCGACUGGCAAGUGCCAUAUUGCAUCGCCGUUCUCAUCUCUGGUGCGAUACGAACGUGGUCCACGAUCAUCGACGUGAAGUGCAAUACGAAGGAGGUGAUUGAGAACAGAUUAAAAUCGUUCAAGGACCGGAUCAAGUUGAAGAAGCAUUCCAUAGGAUUUAUGUUUGUGUGCACGGCACGCGGGAGUGCCAUGCACGGGAAGGAAAACGUGGAAUCAACGAUAUUCAAAACGCUUUUCCCUAACGUACCUCUGGUCGGCUGCUUCGGCGAUGGCGAGUUUGGGAAAAACACGAUGGACAUCGAUGACGCAAAGGAAGAAACUUCUGUAAAUAAACAAAGAAACAGUGGCAGAAACAAGCAUAGUCGUCGUAAGGAUGUAUGGUAUAAUGAAUUCUCUACGGUUUUUAUGAUACUUACCUAUGGUUAAUGUUUCAAGAUCAAAGUUGUAAAAUUUAUGUGAUAAUAUAUUAUUAUAAUGUUCAUAAUGA